CACUAUCCAGUCAUAUGGGUGGCCCGGGUGAAGUUUCUACCUUCUCUGUGUCAUCUUACUCCCGGCAGAGUCCUGCCCCUCCUGUCACCCUAUCCCUCGCCCUACAUCUCUCUCGCCCUGCUUCAGUUUCUGAAGUUUGUGCCUUUGCCCUCCAUGCCUGGCCGGGCUGUGGCCGCCCUCCCCCACGCCUAUCACUGCUUCUCUCUCUAUAACAAGGUCAGUGAAGGAUUUCUCUGAAUAUCCUGCACCCUGCCUGGGGAUCUACUAUGCCCUCCGGAGGUUUCCAACCCAUCGAUGGGGGGCAGCAGGUUGUCCGCUCCGCCGUUACAAAAACUCUGGUCCUGUCUGUCUUUACCGCCAUUCUGGGCUCUUUCCAAUUUGGAUACAACAUUGGUGUCAUCAACGCCCCACAAAAGAUCAUUGAGCAGAGUUAUAAUGAAUCAUACAUCAGUCGCCAUGCUCCAGAAUCACAGACCAUUGACCCUGGACUCCUGCGGACCCUGUGGUCUCUGUCCGUGGCCAUUUUCUCCAUUGGUGGGAUGCUGUCUUCUCUCUCUGUUGGGGUUAUUUCUCAGUGGCUUGGACGAAAACGAGCCAUGAUCAUCAAUAAUAUAUUCGCAUUCAUUGGGGGAAGCUUGAUGGGACUGUCCCAGAUCUGCCAAUCAUAUGAGAUGAUGAUCACUGGAAGAUUCAUCAUGGGAGUCUUCUCAGGUCUGGCUUCUGGUUUGGUACCAAUGUAUGUGGGAGAGAUUUCUCCAACACAUCUCCGAGGAGCACUGGGAACCCUACAUCAGCUGUCCCUAGUGAUUGGUAUAUUGUUUGCUCAGGUCUUGGGUCUGGACCUAUUUCUGGGUACUCGGAGCCGGUGGCCGGCGCUGUUUUGGGUCACCUUGAUCCCGGCUGCUCUACAAUCUGUUUUGCUGCCAUUUUGUCCAGAAAGCCCUCGUUUCCUGUAUAUUGUGUGUGAGCAGGAGGGCCAGGCUCGGAGCAGUCUAAGGCGUAUCACUGGCCUGCUGGACGUCUCAGAAGGCCUCUCCGAAAUGAAGGAAGAGAAAAGACAGAUGGACUCACAACCAAAAGUCUCCAUCCUGCAAAUAUUCCGUUCCCGCACUUACAGACAACCCAUAAUCGUGGCAAUAAUUCUGCAGCUGUCCCAACAGCUGUCCGGAAUCAAUGCAAUUUUCUACUACUCCACGGACAUCUUCUCUAAAGCCGGGGUGGAGCAGCCGAUCUACGCCACAAUCGGUGCAGGCAUUGUGAAUACAGCGUUUACGGUUGUGUCGCUUUUCCUGGUCGAGAGGGCUGGACGGCGAACCUUGCACCUUGUGGGUCUUGCUGGGAUGAUCAUAUGUGCAUUAUUGAUGACGACUGCCAUGGUGUUACAGGAGACUGUGCCAUCCAUUAGUGCACUCAGCAUGGCAGCCAUCUUCGGAUUUGUGGCCUUCUUUGAGAUUGGACCUGGUCCGAUUCCCUGGUUUAUAGUGGCUGAACUCUUCAGCCAAGGACCUCGACCUGCUGCUAUGGCCAUCGCUGGCUGCACAAACUGGACCUCAAACUUCAUAGUUGGAAUGUUCUUCCCAUAUGUGGUGGACCUCUGCGGCCCCUACGUCUUUCUUCUCUUUGCUCUGCUGCUUUUGGGCUUCCUCAUAUUCACAUAUUUCCGUGUGCCAGAAACUCGGGGACGAUCCUUUGAUGAAAUCUCUCAUGCCUUCCGCAGAAACCACUCUCUGCUGGAACAAGAAGUGAAGGCCAGCACAGAGCUGGACAGUCUCGGUGGAGGAGAGGAAAUGUGAGGACCCAAACUUGAGUAGCUCAGUCACUCAUGGUCUGGCCCCUACCAUACAGCGCAUCCAUGGUCUUCAUAGUAAUAGCCCAGCUCUGCUGUCCGGCAGGUCCAGUGUGGCCGCUCAUCCAGGAGCAAUGGCUGAAUUUACUGCAGUAAACCUGAGAGGGGGCAGCAGUCUCCUGAGGACAUGGUGGAACGCACCCUGGUCAGUGGCACCAACUGCCCAUUAUCACCUGACCAGUAAUCUAUGGCCGGCUGCUGCUUACCAGUAAAUGCUAUGAAGAGCUAGAGCAUCCCCUAUUGGGAGAUGCAGUAAUCCCACACGGUGUGCUGUCCUGUAUAGAGGCCACAGCCCAGCGCUGUGCAUUGAGUGGUAUGUCACAAGUAUAUAUUGGUCAUGUAUAGAUGUAUAUAUGGUUGCUGUGUCAUUAAAAUAUCAAGCUCA